AUGUGUAAGCGCCAUCAAUCAAGUGGUGAUAUAUUCGUGUCAUGCUACCUCACUGCGCAAAGACGCCCACCAUGGGCAGAAAAAAGGGCGCCCGCCCUGCCACCUCGUUCCGGCUCCGGCUCCGGCUCCGGCUCCGGCUCCGGCUCCGGGCCUUCCGCCGAAAACGCCUCCGCGGGCUCGGGCGGCUCCUCGGCCUUCGACUCCAGCCCGGGCUCCCUUCCGCAGCAGCAUUCCCCCGACCACGCGGCGGCGACCGCCGCAGCCACCGAUGCCCCCGUCGCGGGCGUCCACCGGACGUCCUCCGACUCUUCCCCGGGGCUACUUGCCGGGAAGGUCGGCGGCGGAAGAGUGUCGAGCACGUCAUCGUCUUCUUCUCGCUUCAGCGGCAGCGGCGGCAGCACCGGUGAGAUUGAACCCCCGACGGGUCACGGGCCGCGGGAGUUUACCCUGGGUGCCAUGGAUGGCGGCGAGGGCGGGGCGGGGAGCGCCGGAAGCGACGGACUGUUCCACGACGCCCAGGACGUCCCGAUGCCGACGCUGAGCGUGUACGAUCCCGAGCGGCUGUGGGAGUACGUGGAGCGACCGCUGAUGGUGUACAUGCCGCUGAGGAAGCUGUUAGCUAAGCCUCCUGCGGUAAGUGGCCCUACGAACAUCGACGAGCUCCCGGUGCGAUGUCUCGUCCACCGCACGCUCGCGGGCACGGAAGUGGCGGCGCGGCUCGUGGAUACCCCAGCGGAGCGGUACCGCGGAUCGUUCGCUUUCAUCUACAUGGUCAGCGCCGAGAGCCAGGAGCACUACAAGCAGACGGUUCGGCCCCUGAUUCGGGCAUGGAUUGACAAGGUGGAGGCCAGGGGAGGAGGUGAAGACGGUCCCGGGUGGCUCCUCCUCUACGUUAUCGUAGCGCCCCAAGGCGGGGGGUCUUCCGACGCGGCCGCUGCGACGGCGGCGGCGGUCGAUGCCCAGGGCAAGAUCUUCUGGUGGCUGUGCGCCGACUUCUACUCCAAGACCCCAGGGGACCGGUGCUCGUUGGUGUCGCUCUACGUGGACGGGAGCACUCCUGUCAAGGGGGGUCAGAAGGCGAAGAUGCUGGCGAGGUCGAGGCCAAGCGCAAGCCCGCGCCAUCACCCCAAGCAGUGGAGCGACCUCCUCGCCAAGGUUGGCCGUGUGGUGCUGGAGGUCUUCGAGGCGAGGGUAAGGUGCUACGCUAGCGAGCUCGGCCACCUCGACGCCACGCGGGGGAUGAUCGGGUGGGAUUUCGGACAGUUUUUCGUGGUGAAGGAGUCGCUGGCGCUCAUGUACAAGGAAUUGCAGCUUCCCUCCGAGGCGCUUCUCAAGUACCAGGAGCUGGCAGCACUGAUCCUUACGAUGGGGGAAGGCUCGGAGGCCGGCCUACGCUCUCCCGUCCCCAGCCAGGGCAAUUCUCCUUUCCGCUCCCCCAGAGACAGAGAUCCGUCAUCCCCCUCCGUUACGAAAGAGGGAACCGGAGCGAGUCACCUCUUGUUCGGCCUGGCCAUCCCCAGCCAACCGCAACGACUCCCAGCCUCUGUUCUAGACUACGGGCAGAUGCGGUUUCGGGAGCGGCUGAACGGGGGCGGACUUCACAGCCUUGUUCUGGAGACCCAGCUCUACAUCUUCGCCAGGCAGUGCGCCCUGAAUCUCGAGCUCAAGAAGCCGGCGGAGGUGGCCAGAAUGGGAGGGCGUUUCAUGCCGGCCUACUACCACGAGCUGGUUGGCCAGGCGGCAGACCUGCAGGAGGGGGGGGGGGGGGGGUGGGGAGGGGACUUUGACGAAGGGGCUUCGGAGGGGGGUAAAUCUUCUUCUUUGACGGCACUGGACCCAGCAGAGGUGGAGCUGUUUGCGCUCAAGUCCUCGUGGGACGUCGUCAAGGCGUGCGACAGGUAUUUCGCCCGCGCUCUUAAUCCAGGGGCGUCGGGCGUGGAGCCGCCUCCGAGAGAAGUGGCCGCUAUCCGUAAGUCUAGGGUGGAGACGUCGAGGUUCUUGGCUGAGCUGCUGGACUUCGCGCAGACGAGGCUACUCGAGUACGCCCGGCUUGUGGCCGAGAGGGGGAGAGACGGCGGCGACUUUGGCGACGGCGGGGGAGGGCUAAUGGGCUCGUGUGUGUGGGAGCUGCAGGAGAGGGGGUUCCUCCCUUCUCAAAGGAACUGGAUUCCUUUAGAUGACGAAGCAGCGGCAGCGGUAACGGCAGUGCGUGAGAGCAAAGAGGAUUUGGGGAGGACGGGACGGAUGCGGGUAGGAGGCGGUGUGGUCGACGUGCAGGCCGUGUCCGGGGAGUACUUCUGGGACUGCGACGAGGAGGGCGAGGUGUUCAUCCCGCCGCAAGACUCCGGGGUGAAGCGCUUUAACCCGAUGAAGGCCAUUACCGGGGGCGACGGGGUGCCGUCUCCUCAAAAGUCCCGGUGUGCGUCUAACCGGAUCACCGACUUCGACGAUGACGAAGACGAGUCGGACGAUGCCGACAACAGUGACGGAGGCGGUUCUGGCGCCGCCGCUGCCGCCGCCGCCGCCGUUGCCGCCGAGGCGGCUCUCUCCAAGCUUGCCGCAGAAGAGCAACCGCCGCCCUCCCCAUCAGCGGCUGCCGCGGCGACGGCCGGUGGCGUUAGCGACGUGGGCCUGUGGCUCUUGGACAGGCCCGAGGCUCUCGAGGAUGCAUACCUUCAGCUGACGCACUCCCUCGGGCAGCACAACCAGAGGGCGGGGCGCAUUCGAGCCGCGGCGAGGUGUUGGGGCAGGCGCGUGGAGCUGUUGCUGGAGAGGGGCGAGGUUGGGGUCGCCCAGGCCCGGCUUUCGAACCUUGCGGACCUUUACCAGGCUUUCUGGGCGCUGCACAGGCUAGCGCGCUGCCGCCGGUCCUUCGCCCUCGCCGGCAGAAACGAAGCAGGGCAAGCAACAGACGCCGGGGGCGCCUCCUACGUGUCCACCGUCAUGCGCCUAGCAGCCGUCCUCAAGGACCCGCGCGUGAGAUUGGAGGGGGGCAAGGCCGCCGUCGACAGGGCCGCGGCGGCGCUUCUGCUGGACGCCCGCUCCCUGGCCGGCGAACCGGCGGGGUCGCCCGGGCGGGGGUUCUCUUCCCCGUCCCUGUCCGCGGAUAAUAAAGCUGCCAUCGCGUCCGCGUCGUCGCACUUCUUCUCCGGGGAUUCGACGAGCGACGUCGGGGGCAAGCGCGCCUACCGGCUCCAGUGCUUCGCGGACGUGAGCUUGUCGGUGGUCGAGGAGGAGGGCGGUGUCGGGGAGGAGGAGGGGGGCGAGGAUAGCCAGCGGCGGCGGCGGCGGCGGCGGCGGCGCCCGGACCCCUUGCCGGCCGUCCACGUCGGCGACCGGCUCCUCGUGUCGUGCGUCCUCAAGAGCCACUUGCCGCAGGGCGUCACGCUGGAUUCACUGUCCUUGGAGAUGACCCUCGAAGGCGGCGGCGGCGGCGCACGCGGCGGUCACGAGACCUCAGCGGGCGGCAGGAGCGGUGUCGGCGACCGGUCCUCCCACAGCAGGUCGUCUCCGAGGCGCAGCAAGGUCCUCAGGCGGCUGGAGAGCAUCAAGACGGCGGUGGCCGCGGAAGACGACCUAUCGCCAAGCCGUACUUCCGCGCCUGGUGCCCCAAAGCUUGAAUCCCCGCCACCAGGGACAGCUUCCAACGGCGCCGCCGUGCUGCUCGCGUCGGGCGCCGACGGGUCAGCGGGGCAGGGUAAGGGCAAGGUGCCCGGGUUCAAGGUGCCGCCUAUCCGCACCGAGCGGAGCCAGAGCCUAAGCCCGCGGCUGUCGGCGACGUCCUCGGCGAGCGACUUGCGGGAGUCGCUCAUGAGGCCCCCCGCCGGCAGCACCAGCAGCAGCAAAUCAAGCGUCCCCGCCAAGCCGCCGCGUCAUAACGUCGGCGGCGGCGGUGGCCGGACUCGGAGCCCCACCCGGCAUUCGAUGUCGUCUUCUGCUUCUGCUUCGCCGUCGCUGCUGCCGCCGACUACCGCGGCGGCGGCGGCAGGGUCUCGGACCCCGCCAAAGGCCGCCGCCCGACCCAGGCCCGCUUGCUCGGCGAGGAUAGAAGGGCCCGUCGAGCUGCUGCCGGGCGACAACGAAGUGGUGUUCACCCUGCGGCCGACGGUGGCCGGCGUGAUCACGGCCUCGAGGGUUUCCGCCGCGUGGGGAGGCGUCACCCUGGUCCAGGUGCUCUCGGGCGGGGGGCGCGGGCGAGGGCCGUCCGGGGUAACGCUACCGUCCGCCUGGCUGGGAGCGCCGCGCCCGCCGCCCUCCGCCGUGGUGAGACCGUUCCGUCCACAAGCGGUGCUAAAGGUGGUGCCCCCGUCUUUCCUUCCCCUGGGGAACGAGGGGUGGCUGAGGGUGGCCGUAACGGCAGGGCCUGACACCCUGCGCGGGGCACGUCUGAGGGUGACGGUGGGCAGGGGGUUGGCGUGGGGGGACGCCGAAGCUUCGCGCGUGCGGUGGCGGCGACUGAGCGGAGGCGGAGGCGGCGGCGGCUCCGUAUAUGCAGACGACGACGGCGAGCCAGCCGAGCCUGAAGGGCCGGCUCUCUCCCGCCCGGGAGAAGAGGCUACCGACAUGCUCGUGGCUCUCGAACAGGUGUUGCGGCCCGGGUACGUUGCCGAGGUCUCCCUGCGCGUCCGCUCGACCGCGGAGGCUUCCCCGCUUGCCGGAGGACCCGGCCCCGCCGUCGCCCCGCGCUCCCACGUCGUCAGUGCGGAGCUCGAGGCUUGGCACUCUCGAUCUCCGGACGCCGCCGCCGCGGAUAGUGCCGGGGUCGAGUGCCGGACCUACGCACGGGCGGCGAUCGUCCCGAGGCUGCCGUUCGAGGCAAGAGUCGCAGUGACGGCGCGCCAGGCGGGGGUAGUCUUCGCGCAGACGUCGCUGGUCUGCACGGCUCCUGUGGCCCUCUCGCUGCGCUCCUGCGAGCUCUCCCGGGUCGAGCCCGGCGCCGAGGUCCUGUCCGACCCGAACGGUUUCCUGAACGGCGAGUCGCUGCCGCCGGGACAGCCGCUGCGCCUCGCCGCCUGCCUGCGGCGGCCGUCGGCGGUGACGGCGGCUUCCGCGGCGCUGGCGGCGCUCAGCCGCGGCGAGGGCGAGGAGCGGAAAGGCUCGGUCGGCGGCGGUGUGCCGCUAGCGGUCCACCGGCUGAGGUACUCGAUCGGGACCGCAACCGGCGAGAGCGGGAACAGUGGCCAAGCCGAGGAGAUCUUCGUCUUCGACGUUUGCAUCCCGAGCCCCACGGACGGCGGCGGGGGCGGCAGCGCAGCAAACGCCUCCCCGGGGGCCGCGGGUUCCGGACGCGCGCAGCGGUGCCUGACGACCGCCGUGCGGCCGUGCGACGCCGGCGGGACGGAGGACGGGAAGGGCGUCGUUACCCGUCUAAAGCUUGCCGAGCCGAGGGCUUUCGAGUUCGGCGUCGUCGAUAGCGAAGUUUCGGGCGGCGGCGAAGAUGGCACGGGAGGCACGGCCCUGCCGACGGUCACGUAUCAGGUGGUGGCCUCACCGUCGGAUUGGAUGGUCGGCGGGCUGAUCCGGGGGUCGGCGAAGCUGGACAAGAAGGGCGGCGGGCUCCAAGUGCUCUGCCGUGUCCACCUCGUGCCAAUCCGCUGCGGCCUGGUGGAGCUGCCCCGCUUGGAGGUGGUUGCGGAGAGAGGGAGCGCUGCUCCGGAAGAAGUGGAGGUGUGGAGCCCCAACCUCCGCAAGGUGCUGGUGCUACCGCCCGGAGACUCGGCCUCCGUAUGCCAAGCUCGUGCACCCUGAGACACAGCCUCGAAGCGGAUCGAGUGAGCCCCAAGUUGCCGGGCGAGAGUUAUUUAGUUUCAUGAACGAAGUGUUUGCGUCUCCGCUGUGCGGGAGUACACUCUUUGACGCUGCCGGCUAUCUCGAUCUCUCUCGAAAUGAGCAAGAGCAGUGGUGGCGGCGGGUGAAUCCAAGUUGCCGGGUGAGGGCUGUUUCAUGAACAAGCUUUGCGUCUCCAUUGUGGAUUCCUCUCGACGUCAGCACGGUCUUGCCCUGGGAUUAUUGAAACGCGGUGGGUGCUGUGCAUGCGUUGUUUUUUGUUUUUUUCGUGUGUGUUUUGUAGUAUUCCGUCCGGUUUGUGGUAUUGUUUAUCUGCUCUACCUCGGCCGCAUAGCAGUCUGUUUCUCAGGGUUCGGAAGUACACCACCCCUGCCGCAUCGAGAAAAUGUUGUAGGACGGGGUGACGCGGACUUUUUCUAUGCAUACCUGGUUUCGUAGCCGGAGGAGGUCGUACGUUGUCGGUAUUUUGUGCUCUCUCAUGGAGGCCUAGUCGUCGCGGGAUACGGUACACGCGCCACCAUAAAAGAACGUCCUCUUUUGGACAAUACUUUUUUCUUUUUUCUCCGUGGCGGUAAACAUGCGCCUCACAGUUUUUUGUGUGGAGUUCCCAACAGAGCUCGCCCGUUCUUCCGUUCAAGCUCUUGAGUUUUGUGAGUCUGUUUUUUUUUCACUUGCUGUUCCCUAGGUCGUGUCGAGUACCUUACAUGACACAAGAUAACACACCCCCUGGACCGAUUUUCAAAGCUCGAUUGCUCCACGACGAAGAGGAUGCAUAACCGAAACGAUACAUUUUCGAAAAGCUUUCGAUGAGACGGUUUCAACGCCGCCGUUGUCCACGCUGUGACUGUUCCGGCAGCUGAGAAAUCGAGCUUCGAAAAUCGGUCCAGGGGGUGUGUUAUCUUGUGUCAUAUACGGUUCUGCUGUUGUAGCGCAGAAAAAUUGAUUUACUCAUCUCCGCGUGUUGUUCUUGUUGCGAUUCGUGCAAGAUAGUUAAAUGCACCACAAUCACAAGAUGUUCUACUACUUUUGUAGUUUUCGUCGUGUAACUUUCGUUAUGGAAGACAAGUGCAUUUUGCGCUUUGCAGAGCGUGUGCUUCACAUUGCCUCCUGACCGGCGCCGCACUGCCUGUUGGUGUGCCGUAGGCAGGUCAUCAGGCGGAGCAUGCUCCUGCGGCGUUGCUUGGUGCUCAAGGCUGUUUAGAUUUGGUACUUCUAAAGGUUAGGGAGGCACCGGCUUGGCUAACUAUGCGUGCAAGCCACACAGGAAGCUGCCCAUGCGCGGAUUGAUGAGGAACUUUGGCUACGAACGCCAAUGGCAGCCCCCCUUGACCUCAAAGCGCGGAAAUGGAGCGCAUUGCAUAAGCCGCGUUGGAGUGGGAUUGUUGAAUUGUUUGUUUUUGGAGAAAACGCUCAAGAGUAGAACACACUGCGCGCUAUGUGUAAUUGUCCAUGCUGUUGCGCUAUCUCCGACACGCGAAGUAGCGCCGUUGCGCUACUCUCCGACACCAGAAACCAGCCACGCCUGGAGGAAUCAUCACCGUGUGCAUACGUUCGUGGAAAGUUGUGACGCGUGUUCCCGGGAAGCAGGUGCGACCAAUGUUUUCGGCCCAUAUCAUAUUUCUAGACGAACGUGUGGUGUUGAGGCGAAGUGACCAGUGGAUGCACAGCAAUAAGCUGUGACAACACACCAGUGUCCCAUUGCCAAUUUUUGCAUGCAUGCAUGCGUGAUUUGUCUCGCAAC